GCCUGCAAAAUGCAUGCUGUGCGCCGCAGCUACCUCAUUCCCAUGAUCUUCACAUCUCCAGCAACGUUGGGUGCCUUCAUGCUGGCUGUUGGAAUUCCCAUUCCGAACAUCAAAACACAGAACGGAACCUCAUUAGCUGACUCAUUUGCUGACUACUGUAGCACCUUUAUUAUUGUGGAAGGCCCAGCUCUUGGCAUCAUGAGACUGUUGCUGAGUGAUUUAACGCGUAACCUCUGUCACCACAUGGCAGACAACGAGUCAUCGGUGGGUUUUGGUCUGCUUGGAUCGUCUUUGGUGAGCUGGUGGCUUGGCCUGGUGCUCUGCACACUCUACAUCUGGUUCUUGAGCACAGAACGUAUUGCCAGGACAAAGGACCUGUUUGUGCGCAAUCUUUAUGAAGCGGCGUUCAUUGACCAGUCCAUGCUCCUGAACUCCAAGUUCGAGAUUCAGCCAAGACUUAACAGCAAUAGGGAAAAGGAGAAGGUGACCAUCUACCUCUGUGCAACCAUGUGGCAUGAGACUGCAGAUGAAAUGAUGAAGAUGAUCAUCUCAAUGUUCCGGCUGGACAAGUUCCGACCAAAGAAAAACCAAUUUAAUGAUGUCGUUUUUGAGUCUCACAUUUAUUUCGAUGAUGCUUUCCUGACCAAAGACAACAAGCGGUGUGUCAAUGAAUAUGCUGAGACCCUGGUGGAAGUCAUCAGAGAGGUUUAUGUCAUAUUCACAGAGGAUACCAAAAGUGUAUUUAGGGACAGAAAGCCUCUCCCUGACCAGAAAAUCUUCCAGACACCGUAUGGCUGCCGUCUUCAGUACACACUUCCCCAAGGCAACACACUGUUUGUUCACUUCAAGGACAAACACCAGAUUCGCCACAAAAAGAGAUGGUCUCAGAUCAUGUACAUGUACUACCUUCUUGGCUGGAGGCUGAACAAGAAAUAUUAUCAGAUGUACAUGGAAGGGGAUGAGCAACUGAUAAAUAUUGAAGACCAAUUAAAAAAAGCCAAAGAGACCACAUACAUUCUGGCUUUAGAUGGAGACACAGAUUUCCAGCCUUCAGCUGUCAUGCUUUUAGUGGAUCGGCUCAGAUUGUACCCAGAAGUGGGAGCUGCUUGUGGCAGGAUCAAUCCCACUGGCACAGGCCCAAUGGUAUGGUAUCAGAAAUUUGAGUAUGCUGUGGGUCAUUGGCUCCAGAAGACAGCUGAACAUGUGUUCGGAUCUGUAUUGUGCAGCCCGGGCUGUUUCAGCCUGAUGCGUGGAGAAGCACUCAUGAGUGACAAUGUCAUGAAGAGAUAUACAACAAAAGCAACUGAGGCUUCCCACUAUCUACAGUAUGACCAGGGUGAGGACCGCUGGCUGUGCACGCUGCUCCUGCAGCAGGGAUGGCGAGUGGAGUACAACGCUGCCUCUGACUCAUACACCAAUGCUCCACAGGAGUUCAAGGAGUUUUACAACCAACGGCGGCGCUGGGGCCCGUCCACCAUGGCCAACACUCUGGACCUUCUUUCCAAUGGCAGUGUUACUGCACGAAUGAACAAGUCCAUAUCACGACCUUACAUUCUCUACCAGACUAUCACCAUGGCUGCCUCGAUCUUGGGGCCAGCUACGGUCUGUCUCAUGGUUGCAGGAAGCUUUAAAUUCGUCCUCAAAGUAGAUGCCAAUGUUGCACUUGUGAUGGCGAUUGUUCCUCCUGCAGUCUACAUGUUUCUCUGCUAUUAUCUCGGGCAAGCAAAAUCAGACUUGCAGAUCAGCAUUGCUGGCAUCAUGAGCAUAAUCUAUGCUUUUCUGAUGACAGCAACUGUCUUAUCUAUUAUAGGGGACAUGGUAGUGGAGCAGACUUUCAUGACCCCAAGUGGCUUGUUCUUCAUCGGCAUAAUCACCAUGUACAUUUCCACGGCUCUUCUUCAUCCUCAAGAAUUCCAUCUUAUCAUCUUUGGCUUCCUUUACUUCAUCUGCAUCCCCAGUGGCUACCUGCUGCUGGCUAUUUACUCCAUGGUCAACAUGAACAACGUGUCAUGGGGCACACGCGAAUCUGCCAGCCAGACCACCGAACCUAAGGAAAACAUCCAGAAAAAUGUCAAGUGCCAGAAGCUGUUCAAAAUAUGUGGCUACAGCUUUGAGUUUCAGGUGAACAAAGAAGAGAAGGUGAUGUGUGCAGUGCCGGAGAAUGCACCUCAAGCCACACUUUUGAAUGUUGAAACCAGAGUGCCCACCCAACCUGAAGAAGGACCUUUCAUUGAGAACUUUUUUAUUCAACAGUUGGCAGAAAGCUCUGGUGAACUGGCCCUUAGGGAGCACAGAUUUAAUGUGGAAGAAGAAAGUUUUUGGAAGGACCUCAUUGAACUAUACCUAAAACCAUUAGAGACUGAUAAAAAAAAGGAGGAAAAAAUCAAAGCAGAUCUGAAAAACCUACGCAACAAGGCAACUUUUGUGUUUUUCAUCUGUAAUGCCCUGUGGCUUGUGGCUACUUUCUUUUUGCAAGCCAUUGGCAGUGCAGUGAGCAUCAGCAUCCCAAAAGUUUAUGCCAAUGGAACUGUUGACCCUAACGGGAAGAUUUAUAUCGAUCCGAUUGGACUUAUGUUCCUCAUCAGUUUUGCAGGCCUCCUUACUGUCCAGUUUUUAGCUAUGCUGUGGCACAGAGUUCAGACUUUAAUCCACUUCAUUGCUUACACUGGGACUGAGGCCGUGGUUAACAAGAAGGUGAGGAAUAACUCCCUGGCACUGGUCAAUGAAGUCACUGAAGAAAAUAAUUUUCUUUAGGUGGAAAUUAAAUUGAUUAAAAGUCUACAAUUGGAUGAUCUAAAAGAUGAGCUAUGAUGGGAAACUUUGCAACAGCACACAAACCUGCCAAGCCUGUUUUUUUAAACACUGUUUACAAUUAUUUGUUACUUCUGUGAUUAUUAUUAUUAUUAUUAUUAUUAUUAUUAUUAUUAUUAUUUUUAUUAUUGUUGUUGUUGUUGUUAUACAGGCUGUCUUUUUAUUGAAAUUGUGCUGUUUCUCAUGAGCCAUGUAUAAUCUAUGUAUAUAUUUAAUUUCUGUUUCAAGAUGGAUUUGAGCCAUUUACUCAUUUACCUGUGUUAGAUCUUAAAGUUACAAGGCAAAAUGAUUGUAAUCUGUCCAAAACUGACUCAUAGAUCAUAAAAAUGUUUGAUGUUUUACAAUAAACCACUGCAUGUAAACAUGGCAUGAGAACAAUUCUUUUAACCACACCUCUGUACUGCUAAUUCACCAUACUCAAAAUGAAACGUCAUGCACAUGCAUCAUGCUGUUAGCCCUUUUAAAAUAUGAAUGCAAUUUGCCAUGCAACAACGUGCCUCAAAGGUGUGGCUCUUAUUUGACUUAAAUCAUGAAUGUAUUUAGAUAACUGAAUCUGUUUGUUAUCAAAAGAAAUCAACUUGCAUAGGCAAAACAUUAAUAAAAUCCCACAUCACCAUCACAAGAAUGACUCCAUAAGCCUAAAGCCUUUGUGGAGCUUUUUGAGUCUGAAACCAGAGCAUAAUUCUACAAAAAAUAUGAACAAAUUUUAAAAAAUGACAUAAGGAGCUCAGUUCAAAUCCUAGGACUGUCAGUGAGACACUGGUUUGCCCGUGGAUAUAGUGAUUUGUAAGUUGCUUUGGAUCAAAUCUUCUGUCUUAUGGAGACAAUUAUAAAUAAAAUAAAAAACUAUAUAUGUUUUUUUGUUUGUUUGUUUGUUUGUUUUUUUUUUAAUCAGAGCAUGUGCAAAAAUAAAACAUACUGUAAGAUUG